UGGAAACAAAAUCAUAAAAAUUUUAAUUUCUCGCCAUCUCCUGCUCCUCCCGUUUGGUUGGCUCCGGUCCGUUCAAUGGCUUUGGACGGCGAUAUAGACCGAAUACUUUUCACUGAAGAACAAAUUUCAAAGCGAGUCUCCGAGCUCGCCUCUCUGAUCUCCGACGACUUCGCCGCCACCGCAGACUCUCCGUCGCCUCCGGUGGUCAUCGGUGUCGCCACUGGCGCAUUCCUCUUCCUGGCUGACCUCGUCAGAAAGGUCAAAGUGCCUCUUUACGUCGACUUCAUUCGAGCCGAGUCAUACGGCUGUGGAACCAAAUCGAAUGGAGCUCCGAGAAUUUCGCUCGCCUUGAAGGUCGAUGUCCAGGACAAGCACGUAAUUGUGGUCGAGGACAUUGUGGAUACAGGAAACACUUUAGCCUCUCUGAUAUCUCUUCUGAAAUCCAAAGGAGCUUCCAGCAUAUCUGUGUGUACUCUACUUGAUAAACCAGCAAGGCGAAAGGUUGAUUUUCAGCUUGUGGGUGAAGGAAAAUUUUAUUGUGGCUUUGAGUGUCCAGAUCAUUUUGUGGUGGGGUAUGGGCUGGAUUUCGCUGAACUAUACAGGAACUUGCCUUACGUUGGCGUCUUGAAGCCUGAAAUAUACAAGUGAUUUGAGUGAUCCCGGUACAAAUACAAACCCAGGAUUAUAUUUAAGGGUGAGAAAAGGAAUUAUAGGAUGGAUAUGUUGAGCAGUUUAGCUUUUAUAUAUUUACGACUUGCAAUUCAUGUUUGAGAAUUGCUUUCUGAGUCUUUCUUGGUCUUUACCCCGCUAACAGUAGCAUAAAUAAAGAACAUUACUUCUCUACCAUCGUAGACUAUUUGCCAAGCUAGAGUUGAGAUGGAAAGGUGUGUGUUUUAGAAAUAGAUCAAUGACAUGUAGUCUACAGAGUCUUUCGAAUUGGUAGGUCAAUUGUAUGAAGUCAGCAAUUCAUUUUAACAGUCACAAUUAUCAAUUUGGACUAGUUUAUAGGAUCAAA